AUGCGCCUGCUCAGCCUCGUCACCCUCCUCCCACUGCUGGCCGCGGGCCAACUCGUCCCCGACGAGCUCGUCAACAAGAUUGACGACAUCCGCAAGACAUGGGGCAUCCCCGGCGUCGGCGUCAGUGUCGUCUCGGGCAACGAGACGCAGCUGAUCGCUCUCGGCAACGCGACGGCGACCGAGCCCGUGACGGAGAACAGCCUCUUCGUCUUGGGAAGCUGCACCAAGGCCAUGACCAACUAUGCCGUGGCGCGCCUCAUAGCUAACGGCGCCAAGGACUGCAACGGCGCCCCCCUCACUUGGAACACGCGCAUCGCCGACAUUCUCCCGAAGCAGGACUGGAAGCUUCAGGACAAGUACGCCGAGCAGAACAUCCAGCUCCUCGACCUGUCCGCGAUGAAGUCCGGUUUGGUCUCGAAUGACGCUGCCAUCGAGGACGUUCCCGCCCGCGAGACUGUGCGCAACAUGCGCAACUUCAAGAUGAAGACGUUCCGCGCCGGAUACCAGUACGCCAACCUCGGAUACAUCGUUCUCCAAGACGUCAUCGAGACGCUCUCCGGCAAGCCGUUCCAGGACUACAUGGCCGACAUGUUCAACGACUGGGGCCUGUCCGGGGCCACGUUCAACUUUACCCAGGCCCUGGAGCAGGGCGUCGUCACGGGCCACUACCACACGCGGGACGCGAACAAGUGCACCGACUCCACCUGGCCGAACGUGAACCCGUCCUGUGUGGGCCAGGUGAACGAGCUCCGCCAGUGGAUCACCACGGACGGCUUCGGCAACGCCGCCGAGGGCGGCGCCGUCAUGCCUCUGAACCAGGUCCAGCACUUCCAGCGCCACGUGCUCCAGCAGCCCCUCGACCGCCCCCUCAUCCCGACAGGCGGCCGCGACCCCUUCUCGAGCGAGACGAUCUACGGCCUCGGUCUCCAGAGCUACCUGUACAAGGGUGUUCGUAUCCUCGGCCACAGCGGCGCGAUGCCCGGCCACGCGGCGCAGAUCUACCACUCCCCCGAGCGCCAGGUCAGUGUCGCUGUCAUGGUGAACGACUCGGAGUGGUCCUCCCAGCUCCUCGCCAUCAUGUACUCGGUGUUUGAGCAGGUGCUUGGCCUCGACAAGGCGGACUGGGGCCGGAUGGUGUUUGACCGCACGGCGCAGACCCAGCUCCCGCCCCGUGUGAACGGCCACGGACCCGCCGUCAUGGGCAAGUUCUGCAACAAGGGCUACCCCGUGCUUGAGUUUAAGACGCCGGACGCCGGCAUCGUCGAGAGCCUGCCCACCUUCGUCUCCAACGUCAGCGCGUCCCAGGCCCAGUUGCCCAAGUCGAUCAUGUCCCACUCCGUCAUCCUCACCGCUGUCGACCCGCCGUACUACAACUGGACCCUCGCCCUUAGCCGCUACCAGCCCCCUCUUGUUGGACCGCGGUCGACCACCGGAACCGCCGUCGUCACCGACAAGGGUAUCGGAAUGUUUGGCUACUUUGCCACGGCCGACGUCGACAUGGCCGAGCCGACGGUACAGGACGUGGAGAGGAAGUCCGAGGUGUGGUUCAAGCGGUGUUAG